AGGCAUCAUAGAACGCCUCCGCACCGGCGAGCAUGUCCUCGGAUAUCCACAACAUCAAUGAAUUGAAACAUUGUACAGUGACCUAAGACUUGAAAUAUACGAACCUGGCGCAGCUCGAGUGACGCGCUGAGAUUGAUCAUUAUGCCUCUCCUCAACUUCUACCUGCUCAAUCUCAAGGACAACAUCCAACCCCACACCUUCCUCGCUCACCUCCAAAAAGCCAACUCUUCCAUCAAAGUAAUAGUAGCAUCAAAGCCACGUCACUUUGUCGUGAAGACCACUACUCAAGACGCCUCCAUCCUGAACAAACCAUGGGAUCUCAUGCUCCUCCUUCAAGGACUCAACGGCCAACUUCCCAAUGCCGUCACCCAGCACAUAUCCUCCCAAUUCACCCUUCCAGUGGGCAUCCCGUCAAAGCUACUCUCUGGCUACCCAGACAAAAAUGCCAGACUUAUCAAAGAAGCGCCCUUCGCUGGACUGACGGGCUCGUUGGACAAUCCAACCAUGCCAGACUCAAGUCAGAAAUUAGAAUUGUCGCCUGACAUGCUGAAGUUCAUGGAUCAAUUGCUCAAGGAGCAUGAUGGCCCUGUCACCAUGUUGAAUUUGUUAAAGUUCAAACCUAAUGGCAAGCAGAGUUAUUAUCAAUAUGGACAGGAAUUCAUCAAAGUAGCAGGAAAACGUGGCGGUGAUGCUAAAAUUGUGGGAAACGUGAUCCCUGCAGACGGUGCAAAGAGUGGGUGGGAUGAGAUUGCUAUUGUGCAUUAUGCCAGUAUAAAGCACUUUUGCGAUAUGCUGGCUGGAGAAGACUAUCAGGCCAUCAAUGAAAAGUUUAGACUUCCGGCCCUAGAGGAUACACUGUUGGUUUGCACUACCGAGUUUGGAGUGAUGGGUUCAAAGGCUAAGCUGUAGAAGAGCGGUUGUCCUGAGCUCGUCGGAUUGAUC